CGGAGAAGUGUGGCUUACCUUCGUCACCUCCACUGUGUAUAUUUAAACCCAAAUACCAAUUCAACCCGGAACUUCACAUUCCCCAUUCACCCAUUUGAUCGCUCUUUCAGCAACAAAUUAGCAAUGACCGAAAAUGGAGUUUUUGCAGAGAUUAUUGAAGGAGAGGUCUUCAAGUUCUAUUCAAAUGGAGAGUGGAGGAAAUCCUCUUCUGGGAAGUCAGUUGCUAUCAUCAACCCAACUUCAAGAAUGGUUCAGUACAAAGUUCAAGCAUGUACACAAGAAGAGGUGAACAAGGUAAUGCAAGAAGCAAGAGCUGCACAAAAGUUGUGGGCAAAAACCCCACUCUGGAAAAGAGCAGAGCUUCUUCAUAAGGCAGCUGCCUUUCUGAAAGAACACAAAGCUCCUAUUGCAGAGUGCCUUGUGAAGGAAAUUGCAAAACCAGCCAAAGAUUCUGUAAAUGAGGUUGUAAGGUCUGGAGAUUUGAUCUCGUAUACUGCUGAAGAAGGUCUUCGGAUUUUGGGCGAGGGAAAGUUUCUGGUAUCAGAUAGUUUCCCUGGAUAUGAGAGGACCAAAUACUGCCUUACUUCAAAGGUUCCACUUGGUGUGGUUUUAGCCAUUCCGCCAUUUAAUUAUCCUGUCAAUCUUGCUGUCUCCAAAAUAGCACCAGCACUGAUUGCCGGGAACUCUCUUGUUCUCAAGCCUCCAACUCAGGGUGCUGUGGCUGCCCUCCAUAUGGUGCAUUGCUUUCACAUGUCUGGUUUUCCGAAAGGGGUUAUCAGCUGUGUCACCGGAAAGGGUUCUGAAAUCGGAGAUUUCCUCACAAUGCAUCCAGGAGUGAACUGUAUAAGCUUCACUGGUGGGGACACCGGUAUUGCGAUCUCAAAGAAAGCAGGUAUGGUCCCACUGCAAAUGGAACUUGGAGGAAAAGAUGCUUGUAUUGUGCUUGAAGAUGCUGACAUAGACUUGGCAGCAACUAAUAUUGCCAAAGGAGGAUUCUCUUACAGUGGUCAGAGGUGCACUGCGGUUAAGGUUGUCUUGGUGAUGGAAUCCAUUGCUGACACUCUUGUUGAGAAGGUGACAGCAAAAAUGGCAGAGCUUACAGUCGGAGCACCGGAAGAUGAUUGUGAUAUUACCCCAGUUAUUUCGGAAUCAUCAGCAAACUUCAUAGAGGGGCUGGUCAUGGAUGCAAAAGAGAAACAGGCGACAUUCUGCCAGCCCUACAAGAGGGAAGGUAACCUCAUGUGGCCCUUGUUGUUGGACCAUGUCAGGCCCGAUAUGAGGAUCGCAUGGGAGGAGCCAUUUGGGCCUGUUUUACCCAUUAUUCGGAUCAACUCCGUGGAAGAAGGAAUCAACCACUGCAAUGCUAGCCAUUUCGGCCUCCAAGGAUGUGUCUUUACUAAAGACAUCAACAAAGCCAUGUUAAUAAGCGAUGCCAUGGAGGCAGGAACGGUGCAGGUCAACUCCGCACCCUCUCGGGGACCUGAUCAUUUUCCAUUCCAGGGAAUCAAGGACAGUGGGAUUGGAUCACAAGGCAUUACAAACACCAUUAAUAUGAUGACGAAGGUCAAGACUACUGUCAUCAAUCUGCCUACCCCUUCUUAUACUAUGGGUUAAUAAGGUUGCUGUUAGCAUUAUUCAGGCUAUAAGUGGACAUGAUCUGUCCCACAUGUACUAUCGCCUAAGGGCAUAUCAAUAAAUGAUAUUUUAAGCUUUUACUCUGUAUAUUCCCAAAUUUAUAUUUACCAAUUUAAGUCCAUAAUAUUAUCAUUUUUGGAUGGAGAAUAAUCUAGGUACACUCUCAC